CCACUAAAUCAGCAGCCACCACACAUAUUAAUAUAUGAACAAAACUAUUUUAAAUAGCUAUAUUACACAAAUAUAUAAUUUACAAAUAACCAAACGAUACGACACUUACGAAUAACACCAAACAGAAUUGUCGUGUGGAAUUAUGUAACGUUUUCAGCAUGCAAAACCUUCAAUAUUUUCCACGAGGCGACGACGCAUCCCAUUGGCUGGCGAAUUCCCCCGAAGACUGCCGCGGUUGGGUAAAGCCUUCAGAGCGUUGGAGGCUUCCCUGUAAUUGGUAGACUGGCAUGGUAAGGGGUGGAGGCUCAAUGUGAUUGGCUGAAAGUCGUUAAGGGGUGGAGCCAGAGGAAGGAGGGGGCGAGGCAGGAGGUAAUACAGAAGACAUGUGCUGAGAGGUCCACUUGCGCCGCGGAAGUUCGAGGAAGCAGAAGGAGCUUCGCGGCGGGAACUGCCUGCACCAGCGACCGUCAUCCCAGGCUUCAGCGUUACUCCUCUGGUCAGGCGCAGCAGCAGCAGAGCAGGAUGGUAGAAGCUUGUGGUCGUCGCGUGCUGCUGGGGGUGUUGUUGGCGGGCACGCUGACAGCCGCCGCCUCUCGACCCGCCCAGUUCUUACUCCCAUUCCAGCUGGAGUAUGAUAUCAGGCCAGCUGGUAGCGUCGGCGAGCCAGAUGGGUUUGAGGAUGUAGCCACACCACUGGGGUCCGACCCCCUGCUGCCCCCGGACCCAUACCUCACCCACCCUCACCUCUACAAGCUAGUUCCAUCCAAGAGAAGAUACUUGGGUAUUGAGCUGCCUGACUACAUCGCCAAGAACAAUCACGGCAAACUCAAGGAGCAGAUGAUGUCUUCCGGCAAGUAGUGAGGUCAAAUACCCAUCUGUGAUGUCACCUGCUCUUCUGUGACGUCACCAUCCCGUCUAUUCCGUUACCUUUCAACGUGUGCGCCACCUAUCAACCUAACAACAGCGAUGACGUCAUAUACACAUAUGUACUGUGCUGUGUUUUUAUCAUGUGAACCUUAAUGUAUUAUUCAGCAUCGAAUAUGUCCAAAUAUAAGACUAGUUUUGAUAGCUCAGUUAUUGAUGAAUACCCCCAGUGGGGCGACCCCCCCCCCCUAUGUGGGCGUAGCGUCGGGCGGCAGCGGCCCACCUGAUGGCGGCCACAAAGUUAACCCUAACAUGAGAUGU